AUGAACGCUGUUAAUUCAAGGGGGAUUUACGAAGUCGGAAAUAUUGGAUCUAAUUUAAAAGAUGCUGAUCAUGUCAUUCUUAGGCUAUCCGAAGAAAGUAAUACAGAUGACAAUAUCCAGACAGAGUGGACACUGACAGAUCUCAAUGAUCUCAGAAGCAAGAUUAUACUUGUAUCAGGAAAAGGUUCUGAUGGAAAGGAAGGCUCUGAGAGAUUUCUAGCUAUACUUGAAGGAGUAUCACGUCUUGCAGGAGCAUUUGUAAAGUUGACUGAAGCAGGAGACCUGUUCUAUAGAGAUAUGAAAACUACAGUUUCAAAAUUAAAUCAAGGAUGUGGGGAAACAGAUAUGAUCAUGGAUGACAGUGUAACCAUAAAACUCAGCAAGAACACAUGUAUUAAAGGAGCAGGAGACCCACUGAAACUAGUGUGUGAAUUAUACAUGUUCAUGGAAAACUGCAUCGAAAAAUGGUCGUCUGUUGUAGAGCAAGCUCGCAAUACUUUCCGAGCACUAAAUAACUUUACCACCAAACAACUAAACAUUAUGCGCCAAGAGAUAGUGUACCUAUUGCCCUACUAUACAGGAACGGAAACUAUAUCAGAUGAGCUGUUGAGUUUACUGCACUGUUUGAACAACAGUGUGAAUAAAGAGAUGUUGUCUGAUGUCCUGGUAAAAUGUCUCAAAGAAAUCAAAGAGGAUCCUGAUCUACUGCUGACCAGAGAAAUUGACACUCAUGAUUGUGAUUUGAAACAGUUGAAAGUGUUCCUUAAACGAAUGAAGAGGUUCCCUGGUAUAACUGACCAAAUUGCAAAAGCAGCAUUUCAAGCUUGUGAUGGAGAUAUUGAAAAGGGAGAAGAGUGGUGCAUUGAGAAUAUCACAAUGGAAGAAGAGAACAUGGAUGAAAUUGAUCGGCUUUACAGUGCUUUUAUAAAGACACCAUAUGCAGAUAUUGAUGACUUAACUAGUGACUCAGCAUUGGUCAACAUUGUUCGUAAAUCAGAAAUUUCAGGCAACAAUGGUGGAACAAGAACUUCUGAAUAUGAGAGUCAUAUUGUUCAAGAACUUGAAAAGACUUGGAACCAAUAUCAGCAUAAAAAUUAUGAUGAAGAAGAACAGGAGCAUAUCAGUAUUGAAUUUCUUGGCCUCAUACUUGAUGCUCUCAAGAAUAAAGAAAAACAAGCCGAUUUGCAGCCUGAUGUUACACCUGAUAUUAAACAAGGAAAACCCAAUCUUUUCAUUGUACCAGAGCGUACCAUAAUUACUACAUGUUUAUCAAUAUACUACCAUAGGGGAAAACUUGAGUUUCCUGAUGCAGGUGAAGUAUUAGUAUGUACAAAGCAGACGACUAGUGAAGAGGGAGGUUCAGAUGCUAGAGGUUCACAGUUUUGGUCGUAUCUACCAAUAACACAUUGUGUGUCCCCAUCAGAAGUAUUUGCAGAUACAUGCCGUAAUACAGAUGAUCGAUAUGUUCUUCUUGAUGAAAUAGAAUUUUUCAGUGAAAAAUUUCGCCGAAUUCAUCAUUACUUGAAUUGCUUUUAUGGGAAUGAAACAAUGAUUAUCAAAUUUUCUAAAGCUGAAUAUCCGAUAUAUAAGGAAGACCCAAGUGAAUGUUUAGAUAUAAUUAUGAGAUACUGUGGAGUUCAGAAACCUUUAUGGUCUGUUAUUCACCAGUUUGUAUCAUUUUUAAAUGAACAACUUGUGAAUUGGGAGGAGAGUCCAUUCUGCGGCAAACUUGCUAGUGAGGACCUACCUGGAUUUAGUCGAUUUGCCUUACAUUUUAUGAUUGUUGUGGCACAGGACUUUGCCACACCUAGUCUUGAAAUUUCAGAUGAAAGCAUAGGUGCCAUGUCAACAGAUGAACCCAUGUACCAAGUGCGUCGACGUUGGGAGCAAAUGGCCCAUCCUUACAUCUUUUUCAAUAAAGAUGGCACAACAAUGACAUUCCACGGAUUUAAAGUCGGCCGAGAUGGCUCUUUAGUGAGUCCAACUCACCCUGAUAUUGUAGUUCCUGGCAUAAUAUUGGAAAAACAGCUGCAGACGGCAUUAGAAGACAAUGGGGCAAAGUUUUCCUAUGUAGAUCAGGCAAAGCCAAAAUUUGAUUUUGACAGACUUCCAAGGAAAGAGAAGGUUCGUUACCUGUGCAGAGUCCUAGGUAUGUCGGACAGAGCAGCUAAUGAUCCUGAUCCAACAUAUGAACUGAUUACAGAUAACGUGACCAAGAUGAUGGGUAUAUUACUACGAUUCAGAUGUGACACACCAGUGGUAAUUAUGGGAGAGACUGGAUGUGGAAAAACAAGACUUGUUAAAUACCUUUGUGCACUGAUGGGUGGUAGGAAGAGACCGCGAAACUUCAUGGUUAUGAAAGUUCACGGCGGUACAACUUCCAAUAAUAUUGUUGAGAAAGUGAAAGAAGCAGAGAAGCUUGCUGAAGAAAAUGAAGGCAAUUUUGGAAUUGAUACUGUAUUAUUCUUUGACGAAGCCAACACAACUGAUGCCCUUGGCGUCAUUAAAGAGAUAAUGACAGACUCUACACUAGAAGGACGCCCUCUUUCCACUAAGAGCCUUAAGUUUGUUGCAGCUUGCAACCCUUAUAGAAAACACACUGAAGAAGCGAUUAAAACACUUGAAGCUGCUGGCUUAGGAUUUAGAGUGCAUGCAGAUGAUUCAGAGGAAAAAAUGGGUACAAUUCCAAUGCGACAUCUUGUAUACCGUGUGCAACAGUUGCCACCACGACUUAUGUCAUUUGUGUGGGACUUUGGACAACUUAGUGAUGAAGUUGAACAAGCAUACAUAGCGAGUAUCGUAAAAAACAAUCUUAUGAAUAGCAUUAACAGAGACAAAUCAAUGAUUGCUAUUGAGAGAUUCCUCUUAAUCACAGUGCUGUCAGCCUCACAACGUUUCAUGAGAAGUGAAAACGACGAGUGUAGAUUUGUUAGUCUUAGAGAUAUUGAACGUACAGUGAUUGUUUAUAAAUGGUUUGUUGAGCAUUACGAACUGUUUGCAUCUGAAAUGUAUAGAAAGGAACAAGAACAACGCAAUGUACCGGUAUUUACAACUUUCAUGGGUCGUCAACAUAAGAUAAAUACAAAGAUAAGAAGAUGUAUAAUACUUGCGUUGGGAGUGUGUUAUCAUGCAUGUCUGACUAACCGACUCAAAUACAGAGAACACAUUGCCAAAUCUCUUGAAGAUAAACAUUUAUUACCAGAAGGACAACUAACUAUACAAAAGGAAAUAUCGUGGUGUCAAGACAUAUUUGUGGACUCAAUCAAAUUGAACCCUAAUAUAGCACGAAAUGAGGCAUUGAAGGAAAAUGUGUUUAUGAUAACAGUUUGUCUACAAUUAAAAAUUCCUAUAUUUGUCGUUGGAAAACCUGGAAGCUCCAAAUCACUUGCAAAGACAAUUGUAGAUAACAAUAUGAAGGGGAAGAGUUCAUCUUCUAACCUAUUCCGAAAAAUGAAAGGGGCACAGAUGUGGUCUUGUCAAUGCAGCCAGCAUUCAACUCCAGAAAAUAUUAUAGAGACUUUCGAUCAUUGCGCUGCUUUCCAGAAACAGCAAUGCCAAGAUGACAACCCAACAGGUGGUGAUCAGGAUGAAAAUAUGGGUGUUGUUGUGCUUGAUGAGGUCGGCCUGGCUGAAGAUUCUCCUCUUAUGCCAUUGAAGACUUUGCAUCCACUGCUGGAAAAUGGUUGCAUUGAAGAUAUCGAUGACCCUCCUGCUUGGAGGAAAGUUGCUUUCAUGGGACUUUCCAACUGGUCUCUCGAUCCAGCAAAGAUGAAUAGAGGUGUGUUUGUAGUGAGGGAUGUGCCAAAUAUACAAGAAUUGGAAAGAAGUGCAUGUGACAUUGCCUCAAAUGCGUCUAUGGAGAAUUUAAUUCAUCCUAUGGCAGAAGCAUAUUUAGAUUUGUUCCAAAAAUGUGCUGGGAAACGUGAAUACUUUGGACUAAGAGAUUUCUAUUGCCUUGUUAAAAUGGUUUCUUCUGUGGCAGAAACAGAAGGAAGGUGUCUUACAUGGGAAGAAAUGAGGCAUUGUGUGAGUCGAAAUUUUGGAGGCCAUGAAGGUACUGAAGCAGUCACUAUUUUUGAGAAGCUGUGCAGAAGUUUUUGCAAUGGAGAAGAAGAUACGUAUUAUUUAAACAGGUUAUUUGAUGAACAGAAUGAGACACAACAUAUAUCUUCAGUUGACCUUAUCAGAUCCAACUUACUAAGUGAAGGGUCCACAGGGACAACUAGAUAUUUGCUACUCAUGACAAAAAAUAGUGCAGCAUAUGAUAUUUUGAGAAACAUGAAACAGGAUGACGGAAAACCAUUUCUUGAUCAUGAGAAAACAUUGGUAAUAUAUGGAAGUAAUUUCAAAAAUGAUCAAGCAUACUCCCAGGUUUGCAGAAAUAUAAAACGUAUAAAGAUAUGUAUGGAGACUGGACAUCCAGUUAUUCUAAUAAAUGCUGAAGUGCUGUACGAGUCCCUGUAUGACACCAUGAAUCAGUAUUACAUUGAAUAUGGAGAACUUCGAUAUGUAAAUCUUGGUCUUGGAACGCAUCGAUUUAAUGCAUUGGUACAUAAAGACUUCAGGCUUGUUGUCAUAGCAGAACGUGAUGUGGUGUUGCAAACGUAUCCUAUCCCACUGAUAAAUCGUCUGGAAAAACACUACAUAGUCGUGAAUAAUGUAUUGACCACAGAAGAACUUGCAUUAGUGGAACAAUUACGACAAUGGACAGACUCCUUUGUAACUCUGCGCCAGCAAGUUAUCACAAGCAAAACACACAACUUUACCAAGUCAGAAGCCUUCAUAGGAUACUUUGAAGAUGCUGUAUCAACCAUCGUACACGAUGUUUCCACAGUAGUUGCAGCACACAAUUCAACAAAGCUACAGCAUGGGAAUCAGAAGGAGGUAUUGGAUUUGGCCAAGAAGCGUUUUAUACAGUCAUGUACCCCAGAUGCAAUUGUUCGUCUUACAGAAACACAAUUCCCAGAUAAUCCAAAUAGUAUAUUUGACAUGUACUUCAUUGAUCAGUGUCAUACAAGCCUAUCCCACUUCUUAGCAGAUAUUUAUGAAACAUGUGGUGAUAGUACCAGACUAUUAGCACAGGUUACCACACAUGGUAAACUUCUAACUGAUGCACUACAAGUAGUUGGUAAGACAACAAUAAAUCACAGGCAUAUAUUCUUGGUGAAUCUGCAACAGUUUGGAUCUGAACAAGAAUUUAGAACUGCAAUGAGUGAAUUUUACAGGAAGGACAUGCAAUCAAAACAUUUACUUGUUUUGCAAUGUGCUUCUGGAAGACACAAUUUGAAAUUAGUACCAUUUGCACGUUUCCUUAUCCAAGAUGAGCGUAGGAACACUGGUAAUAACUAUGCACAUUUGGUGCUUGUUGUGCAGUUAUCGCGGAUUGGUGGUGAUGAUUUUCUUGGGUUUCAAGCUGAUCCUUGGAUAACCACCCAUAUUGAUGAUCUGCGACCUCCAACAGGCAAUUCACCAGACAUGGGUAACCUUAUAUCCAAUUCUGUGAGUGACCUCUUUAGCUUGAAUGAUGAAGAUACUUUUGACUCUAUAGCAGUCCUUAAAAUGUGCAUUCAUGGUGCUAUGUCAUUGAUAGAUUGGGGUAAUGAUACAGGACAAGAAAUUGAGUCAUCGGAAAUGAGUACCACUACAACAUAUAUUCGCAAAAUGCAAGAUUUAUUAGAAGUACGAGAACAAUCUUCUUUAUCAGAUUUCAGGCGGUUUCCAGAUGUGCUUCGCAAAAGGAUGCACUUGCUUCUUCAUGAGGUUGAUCAGUGUCAGCCAAACAAUGGAAAGAGCUGGGCUAAAGACGUAGCCAUGCAAGCUCAUUCUCUACAGGAAGGAGGAACAUUCAGAAAAACAUUAGUAUUGAAGAUAUGUGAACUGGUGACUCCAAUUCUAGCAGAGUUAAUCACAUACUGUUCCAGAAACAACAACCUAACCAUUCUACAUUCAAGUCCAUGUCAACAUUGGAUUCAUAAAUUCUGGUUGUACAUGUUCAAUGAUCCUAUCGUUACACAAUGCAAAGUAGCAGAUCCUCCUAGUUCUGAGAAAAGAGCUUUAGUUCUUCAUGAUGGCCCUAAUGAUAUGAGCAAUAAAUGGAAGUUGCCAUUUUCAUGGGUUAUAUACGACUUCUUGGAAAGCCAGAUGUCCAAUGCAGCAUUAUUACAAAACAAUGAAGAAGCACAUUCAAGGCUUGGUAUUUGCCUUUGGAAACUUUUGGAAAAUGCACCAAUUGGUCAAGUCAUUCGUGCAGCUAUUCAGGGAGGUGGUAAUUGGAGCGAAUUCUUUGACCUCUACUUGCAUGACUUUGUACAAAGAGCGUACAAAUGGAAAUCUAUUGAAGAGUUUGAGCUUGUAUGUCAGUCUAUUAAGACUGCAUCGAUGGAAAUAAGAAACAAGCAUGUCAGUACUGGACAAAGUGGUCAUGUGGGGCAUAAUCUUAAGGAUAAUGAUCUUAAUAUUGCUGAUAUACACGUUGCUUAUCAUCAAGUGAAACGCCGUCUUCAAUAUUUCUCGAAGCUGGUUAAUACAUUCAAAUCAUUACUCAAUAAGUUGAUCGUCACAGAACAAACUGAUGAAAUGAUUAUUGACGUUAUAGCGCUUAGCUAUACAUUGGAUAUGAUUGUACCAGAGACUGAAGAACUUGGAAAACCCACAAUUCUCAAAUAUUGGUUAAAUGAACUUUUGCCUAGUGUUACUUUUGUAGCAAACCAACUUUUGCUUUUGGGCAAUGUUGGCCCAAAGACCAAACGAAUACUUGAUCAAUGCAGGCCCAAAUGGGAUGCUAUGUAUGUGUUACGACUGUUUGUUGACAAUCUCUGUUCUGGUGAAAUGGAUGAUGGAGAUGUAAAAACUGCUCUGGCAUAUUUCCGGGUGAUUAAGAAGAAAACUAAUAUAACAAAAGUUAACCAUAUGAUGAUUGUUGAGAAACUACUCAAUACGUGCAGAUUUGAUGCUGUAAGGCGAUACUUUGUAAAAGAUGUGCCACAUUGUGCUUUUCAGCCACAUGAUGUUGUUGAUCCUGUUGUUUUGAAAUGUCAACAUUUAUGUUGUGAAAAAUGUUUUGAGAUACUUAAAACUCAAGAAAUACUGGAAUGCCCCAUUGAUGAUUGUAGGGAGGAAUUUCCACCAAAUGCAACUGGGACUAUGAAAAGCAGAAAGGAUGCUGAAUUGUAUAAAACCCAUCGAAAAAAUUGCAAUUUGUUCCUCUUAGAAAUUAUAUCUACAUUUUACCUGAACUUUGGUGAAAAUGACACCCCUGAUGAUGAAGUCUGGAACAAACUACAGUGUAACUUAAGAAUACAAGAUGGAACACUUACAAUUUCUGAUCCUGGUAAAACAAGUUGCAAUAUGAACAUGAGUGCAUUUUUGGUCCGAUUAAUUCUAAGAUUCAGGAUAGAUAAAGUGAGACCACAUUUACAGAAGUAUAUGGAGCAGUACUUACAACUUUGCAGCACUCCACAGGAAAAGAAUGGUGUAUUGAGUCUAUUUGUCAAUUGUAUUGAGGACUCGUUUCACAAGCAUGGGAUCAAUACGAAUGAUGUAUAUCCUUUGAUUGAUCAAAGCAAACCAUUUACUGGUGUAAAUGUUGACGAUUUACUCAGCAUCGCUGCAGCUAGAUAUGUGUUAACCAGAACAGCUGAUAUUAUACAUGACAUUACCAAUGCAAGCAUGCCAAGCCAACUAACUGGGGAAAUACAAUCUAUGCUGCAACAUUCAAAGCAGAUAUUACAGAUUACUAACUCACCACAGUGUUCAAUGUUUCUUUUGAAAUGUCUGUGUCGUAGAUACAACUUAGGCUAUUUGGACAAAAUCCCAAAGGAUCUGGAAUGGAUUUUUCCACAUACUCUACAGUUGUGUGGCAGUAACACUGAGAUUGUUAAGUUCGAUCAGUUCAAUAUCACUGGAGAUCUCUACAAAAAACUGAAAUACACCAUUCAUCAACUAUUUGAAAAACAGAAUAAUAUAGAUAAUGUACUGCAUAUCAUACAGCAUUCUGAUGAACCAGACAUUGCGAAGAUGUCUUUGAUACUCUCUAUAUACAGUCAAGUAACAUUACAGUAUGCCAGGGAUGAGCCAGUAAAUCCCGAGGUUGUACAUAUGCUAGUUGACAUGGUGCAACAAGAUCUCUAUGAUUAUGAGACACAGGAAAUCGACUUGUUGUUGGAACUGCUGCAAAACCAGCAAGGUUUCCCUAACAGUUUUCUGGAGAUAUCACCUGACUUAGAUAGAAAUGAACGUGAAUUGAUAUCUAUUAUCACCCACAUGAAUGCCCUGCUGGUGGUUACUGGUAAGAACAGCAUACUCCAACCGUUAUGGAACCUGAUGACUAAACCAUCUAAUUUAAUGGGACAUUACUUACCAACAAUGCCAGAUGACGAGUUCUUCAAAACACAAUCUUCUGUUGAGGGUCAAUGGUUAUGUUGUGGAAACAGGCAUACUUAUUAUGUACAGCCUAAUAAAACUCAUCCACAAAGGUGCCCUGUAUGUGGUAUUGAAAAAUGGAGAGAUGAUAUUCAGUUACAAAGGGAUCAAUUUAUUGUGACUGGUCACAAUCUUGGUACACCAACAACACAUGAAGCAAUUUACCCUAUCCGAGGGAUACAGCCAAUUCCUCUAGUUAUUAUGCGGCUUAUGACACAUGUUGCAAUGCUUCUGGGCAGCUUGAGUUAUGCACAGGUGAUUUCUGAAAUGAUUGAUGGACAUGCUAGUUACAUCGGAGAGGAAGGUCGUGUAGGCGACUUCCUCAUGAAACAUAUUCGACUUAAUGUACAAAUGCUCUCAGACGCCAUUGGAGGAAGCUAUGAUGACGCUGUGAUGACAAUACACUUUGUAUUAAAUGUGAUUCUGAAAGACAUCUCAGAAGAUGAUGAUAUUUAUUCUUUAUAUCCUGAAAUGGAAUCUCAGGAGGAUAGAGCAGAAUGGGAAUCAAUAAUGGUUGAAAAAUACAUAAGACCUGCAAUAAAGAACCUGCACAAUACUUGGGAGGAUCUGAGAGGAGAGUUAUUUGAUGAUGCAAAUUCAGAUCAAAACGCGAUAUACAAAUCUAUAUUUGAGCAUGAAAUUAAUUCAUCUGACAUUGAGGAAGUAUCUCACAACUACGCAAUUCUUUGGAACUACCGCCCAAAGGUUCGCUUUGAGCAACUUGCUGGAUUACUUGAGAACAGCAAUGAACAUUUUCCAAUUCUAGAAGAAUUUAUGAAAAUGAACCACUAUCUACAAGCUGUACGACUGUUGCCAGAUAUUGUCCAUUUGCAAGUAGAACUCAGAAGAAUUUGUCAUCUGAAAAUUUCUGAACAAGAAGCGGAAGACACUCUUAUCUGUGAUUUCAGCGCAAAAAAUGAAACAAAUCGACCACGCUUGAAGUUUCUAGUUGGCAGUUUCUGUGUAGCCUGGAGAUUGAUGAAAAACGCUAUAGUUCACGAAGGUGUUGGAGGUAUUGGUAUACCAAAAGAGUAUAUAGCUGAUGAGGUUGGAUUGGAAUCACCGUUAUCUAUUUUAUUACCAUCUGUAUCUGGCAGAGGGAGGUGUUCACUGGCAUUGGUGGACGCACUUAUCACUGCACAGAACAUGUUUCUACACAAGUUUGCAUACAUUAGAGGGUUUAAAUUGAGUCAAGAAAGGGUGAAGAUAUCAGACAUAACCACUACAGAUCUCAUUAACUUUGAUCAAGAGGAAUUAGAGCAAAUGAUAAUGUCACAUUGUAAUUAUUUGUUGGAAAUUGGUGGAGAUCCGAUAUUGGACUAUGACUUUUCAGCAUUUGAAAGACAAAUAAUUACCAAGCUGAUUCAAGGGAAACCACUUAUUGAAAGAGAGCCGAUAUCAUUUGUAUUUAGUGAUAGUAUUUGUGAUAAACAAGUGUUCGCCAGCUUAAGUCGUUUGAUCCCACAGGUGGAAAUACCACAUCGCCCACAACGCGAAAUCAUGGUAGACAUUCGUAAUAACCUUAGUUUACCAGAUUUGUGUACAUCGAUACGAGCAAUUGAUUUGGCUAUUGGAUUUCUGAAUUCAUCUGGCGGAAAGAAGGAUAUGCUCAUUCAUCAGUAUCUACAAGAUGUUUUACGUCUGCCAGUAGAUGAUGGGCUUUUAAGUGAAAAGGCUAGAAAAAGCAGUACUCUAUCACAUAUAUUAUCAUUGUGGCAGUUGCUGGUGGUAGAGAAGGCCAAGCAAUUCAUCAAUGGGAACCUGGAUCCGUUUGAUGAUAUUGAUAUCCGAUACAUACAACAACUGCCAGAUGAUAGAGUACACAGUCUCAAAGAGAUACUUCAACGUAUUGAUAUAAUACGACUCAUUAGAGAGUUAUUUGAAUUUGUCCAUUUAGAACUGAAAUCUGGACUACAGACAGAGAUUACUCCUGAUAAUAUAAUUCGUGAUUGUCUGAAUAAAUUUUGUGAAGAUAAAGCUGUAGAUAUAAUAAAGGGAAUUGAAAAACUGCCAGAUGAACUAACGAUGCGUCAUCUUGUAGAGUUUUGGAAGUUGGCCAAUGAGUGUCAUUCCGAUAUAGAGCGAUUAGGCUCAACUUCAGAGUAAUGUCAACUUGGCAAUGCAAAUACUAAGUUUUGGAGGAGAUACAAUGUAUCAAUGAAUUGUAAUGCAGAAAGUGUGUUUUGAUUAUUAUGUGUGGCUUUUUUUUUAGGAUAUUCAAGUUUAUAAUUAUAAUUUUUUUCAUUAGUUGUAAUAAUCUUUAUACAUGUAUAUUGACGUAAGACAAUUUUGUAGUUUUGUUUAGUGAUAAAUAUACUGAUUGUUAUAGUAGUAACAAUAUAGAUACAGUAAUUAUUCACUUUAGAUUUU